GUCAAAUAUGUUGGACUUGAAAUUUAUGCAUCCCAACCUGCCUCACCUUAUCGGGGCUUCAAGCUCUAAUGAGCGGGGAGCGCUGUUCUCGGUGUAUGAUCUCGAUAUCAAGCACCGGUUUGUAGAUGUCAUCCCGUCAUGGUCGGCGAUCGAUUCCGAUAUCAUUCUCAAUUCUUUGCUAGACAAAAUGAGUCGCGAUUUAAUAAGUGGCCUGAAUCAUUUAUGGGAACAAAGGUGUUUGUUUGCUUCUGACGGAAGCAUAGACUGUCUUUUUCUUUGUGACGCCCGCGGCCGAUUCGUCAUCUCGCUCCCUCCGGAAACGGCCAGCUCCGACUCCCCUGCGAACGAUAUGGAAGAGCUUUAUUUUAUGGAGGGUGACACCCACCAUAACGCUGAGGUCCUUAGAACGAUAAGCAGGCGGAUGAAGACAACACCUCUGUUCUGUGUUGGUUUCAUGUGGGGAUAGGAUU